GUUCUUUAAUUUUGGUUUACCUCACAAUUUUUUUUAUUACCACUCUAUAUUGAUAUCAUGACGUACAAUGGCAAGUUUUCUGAACCAGCUCCAGUUCCUCCUACUUAUGACUUCUUUCCCAAUCUAAAUGGUGUGGUCACUGUUGAAAACUGUUACUACUACCUCGCUUUCUUGGAACGUUUUUGGACUUUUAUGGAUACGAUGUCCCUUCAGGAACAACGACAUUAUCUUGCUCGUGCUGAGGUACGAUAUGAAAAAUGGAUCCACAAUCAUUUUAGUCCCAUGUUGGUACCUCCUCUAGAUAUUGCAUUUAUGUGGCACGUGCAUAAACUUUCUCCUUUCCGUUGUUACGAAGAUCUUGUCUUACGCUUACCUUGUAAAAAGCUCUUCGAUGAUCCACUUCCUCUAUAUGAUCUCUUCAAAAAUGAAGAUCUGACUCCUAACGACCUGAAAAGAUGGAAACAAACUUUUGGUGAUGAUGAACCUUAUUGUUUGACCAGCCAAAAUAUGUACUCGGGAACAUACCAACGUCCAUGCUACCGUUGUCAACAAAUGAUCGAAUUACCAUGGCCCAAUUAUUACGAUUACCGUUUUGGUGCCAAUCACACUCGUUUUCCUCAUAGCUGUGUUCCUGACGAUGGUAUUAACUUUUGGGAUGUGGCAAGAAUGAAGAUAGAAUCUGAUUUAACUAACGGUUUAGUCGCAGGAACGCUAUUAAACCCGGAUGGUACUGAAAAAGUGACUCCCAACAAAAUGGUGGCCAAGGUCAAACCCAUUCAAGUCAUUGUUCCUCAAAAUGAAAUGGAUCGCGCAUAUGAACGACAGAUUCAAGAACAGCUCAGAUUCCUUGGGUCCGAUUACGAAUAUGAUGCCAAUGAACUAUUAUAUGCCAUUCGAACAUCUUAUCAAGGUAAUCCAUCUCCAUUCUCUAUUGAUUUGAUUCAAGCAGUGGCUAGGCAACGCAAAUUCUACUUUGAUAUUAUGUCCAUUCAUUGGCAACGCCCUAUUAGCUACAUAGCUGCUGUCCGACGGUAUCAUGAUCAUCUGGCUUUAAUUAAAAAGCACCCUAAUGUCAAGGCUAUUCCAACGCUUGAGAUCGACGUGGCUUUCCAUACACAUAUGAUGCAUAGUCGAACCUAUCGUAAUUUUACGCUCACACAAUUGGAAAAGGUGAUUAAUCAUGAUGACGACAUUCCUGAAUCAAGCAUCAAGGAACAUCUUAGGGAAUGGCAAACCGUGUGGAGUAAUCAAAACCUGCGACAUCCUUCCAUUGAACAUCGAUACAGAUUUACUGUAAGUUUAUUCCUAUAUAUCAAAUAAUUAACCGAAAAGAGAAAAUACUAAUUUUCUUCUCUUCUCUCAAGGAAACACGCGCAACUGACGAACUGGUUGAAGGGACCUUGAAGGUGACUCCAGCUGUAUUUCCGACAGAAUAUCAACCUGGUAUGGUCCGAAUCCAUCAAGGAAGAGAAGCAAGAAAAUUAUAUACAACCUUAAAUGAAGAACUGGUUCGUUCUAAUAAUACAAAGG